CUCAUUAACGGAGCAACGCGCGACGUGACGCGCGAAGGCUUGAUUGAGUGAGCGGCCGAGAAUUUACGACUGCUAGCUCCCUCCGAAACCGAAAAGCACCGCCAAAGCCUUCAAAUAAAAAUCUCCCACCUCGACGUCGCGUCAGCGAUUUUCAUCAGCCAGCCUCCGUUUCCACCAUCGAAGAUCAUCGAAGCAACCGCGCAAACUGCGCGAGGCGUUGUCGUCAUGGCGGAAAUUAAGAUUGACGGCAAGCUCUUCCAGGAGCGGGCGUCGCAUUUCGUCAAUGCCUGGAAGGCCGACAAACGUUCGGGCGACGCGCUGUUUGGCGGUGCCUCAUCAAUCGUUGUCAUGAUGGGCAAGGUCGAAGAGACGCCUGAAUACCACAAGAACAAUGCUAUGCACUUCUGGUUGCUCGGCUACGAAUUCCCUACCACUUUAAUGCUAUUCACAGUUGAUACCCUUUACAUUCUUACCACGGCAAAGAAAGCCAAGCAUCUUGAUCAAAUCAAGGGAGGUCGAUACCCAGUCGAAGUCCUCGUGAGGGGCAAAGACGCAGCGGAAAACGAGAAGGCAUUUGUCAAAAUUGCCGAACAUAUCAAAGAGGCUGGCAACAAGGUCGGCGUACUCACAAAAGAUGCGUCCAAAGGCCCAUUCGUGGAGGAGUGGAAAAAGGUCUACACAGAGCAUUGCAAGGAUGUCGAGGAGGUCGACAUCGCGCAGGCGCUAUCUUCGGCUGCCUUCUCGACCAAGGACGAAGCCGAGCUCAGGGCCAUGAGGACGGCCUCAAAAGCAUGCGUCGCUCUGAUGCACCCCUACUUCCUGGACGAGAUGUCGGACAUUCUCGAUCAGGAGAAGAAGGUUAAGCACAGUGUUCUUGCCGAGAAGGUCGAGAAGAAGCUUGAUGAUGACAAGUUUUGGAAGACGGUCACCCUGCCGAAUAAGCAGAAGUUACCGAGCGAUUUCGACCCGGAGCAGCUAGACUGGAUCCUGGGCCCCAAUGUCCAAAGUGGCGGUAAAUAUGAUCUCAGGUGGCAGACUGAGGCAAACAACGACAACUUGCACCCUGGUAUCAUCGUCUCGGCGUUGGGCCUGAGGUACAAGUCAUACUGCUCGUCCGUCGCUCGGACGUUCUUGGUUGACCCCAACAAGUCACAGGAGUCCAACUACAAAAUUCUGCACGGCGCACACCAGUUGAUUCUCAAAGAGGUUCGGGAUGGCGCUGUGGUCAAAGACGUCUACCAGAAGGCGCUUGCCUACGUCAAAAGCAAAAAGCCUGAGCUGGAGAAGCACUUCCUCAAGAACGUUGGCUGUGGUAUCGGACUCGAGCACCGCGACCCUACCAUGAUCCUGAACGCCAAGAACACCCGCGCCCUCAAGGAUGGAAUGACGCUCUGCAUUAUGACCGGACUUCAAGAUAUUGAGAAUCCUAACCCACAGGAUAAGAACAGCAAGGUCUACUCCCUCGUAAUCAUGGACACCGUCCGUGUCACCGCAUCUGAGCCUGUCGUCUUCACGGGCGAUGCGCCUUGUGACGCAGAUGCUAGUUCGUUCUUCUUCAAGGACGAGGAGACGGCCCAGCCAGCGCCCAAGAAGGAGAAAAAGGAGUCACGUGUUGGGGCGGUCGCCACCAAGAACAUCACCAGCACGCGCCUCAGGUCAGAGCGUAGUACGCAAGUUGACGAGGACGCUGAGAAGAGGCGUCGGGAGCAUCAAAAGGAGUUAGCGGCCAAGAAGCAGAAGGAGGGUCUUGCAAGGUUUGCCGAGUCGACCAACGACCAAAAUGGCACCGAGGUCAAGAAGUUCAAGCGCUUCGAGUCAUACAAGCGAGACAACCAGCUUCCACCCAAGGUCAAGGAUCUUGCCGUCAUAGUUGACCAGAAGAACGCUACCGUUAUCGUUCCCAUUAUGGGUCGUCCGGUGCCCUUCCACAUCAACACAAUCAAAAAUGCCAGCAAGAGUGACGAGGGCGAGUUUUCAUUUCUGCGCAUCAACUUCCUGUCGCCCGGCCAAGGUGUCGGUAGGAAGGAUGACCAACCGUUUGAGGAUGCCACCGCCCACUUCGUGAGGAGUUUGACUUUCAAAUCCUUGGAUGGCGAUCGCUACACCGAGAUUGCGAACCAGAUAGCCAACAUGAAGAAGGAGUCUGCCAAGAAGGAGCAAGAGAAGAAGGACAUGGAGGAUGUUGUGGAGCAGGAGAAGCUCGUUGAAAUCAGGAACCGACGCCCUGCGGUGCUUGAUAAUGUCUUCAUCCGUCCGGCAAUGGAAGGCAAACGCGUACCAGGCAAGGUGGAGAUACACCAAAACGGUAUCCGCUACCAGUCGCCAUUGGCAGCACAGCAGAGGGUGGACGUGCUCUUCUCCAACGUCCGCCACCUAUUCUUCCAGCCUUGCCAGCACGAACUUAUUGUUAUCAUCCACCUCCACUUGAAGGAUCCCAUCUUGAUAGGAAACAAGAAGAAGACAAAGGAUAUUCAGUUCUACCGCGAGGCGACAGAUAUUCAGUUUGACGAGACGGGCAACCGCAAGCGAAAGUACCGUUACGGAGACGAAGACGAGUUUGAGGCAGAGCAGGAGGAGCGCCGUCGCCGUGCUGAACUCGAUAGGCUCUUCAAGAGCUUCGCAGAAAAGAUCGCAGACGCUGGAAAGUCUGAGAACCUCGAGGUGGACAUGCCACUCCGCGAGCUGGGCUUCAACGGUGUGCCCUUCAGGAGCAACGUUUACAUUCAGCCCACUACUGAGUGCUUGAUUCAGAUCACUGAACCUCCGUUCCUUGUUGUCACAUUGGACGACAUUGAAAUUGCGCAUCUCGAACGUGUUCAGUUCGGACUGAAGAACUUUGAUCUUGUUUUCGUCUUCAAGGAUUUCACUCGGCCACCGGUGCACAUCAACACCAUCCCAGUUGAGUCGCUGGAAGAUGUCAAGGAGUACCUGAACCAGUCCGACAUUGCAUACAGCGAGGGACCACUGAACCUGAACUGGCCCACCAUCAUGAAGACAGUGACAGCGGACACGCACGAGUUCUUCGAGGGUGGUGGUUGGUCGUUCCUCCAGGCCGACUCGGACGACGAGGGUGACGGAGAAGAGGAGGAGGAGAGCGCCUUCGAGGUCUCUGAGUCGGAGCUUGAGGAGGCAUCCGAGUCGAGCGAGGAGGACUCGGAGUUUGACAGCAACGCGUCGGACGAGGCGAGCGACGAGGAUGCCAGUGAAGAGGAGGAGGGCGAGGAUUGGGACGAGCUCGAGCGAAAAGCCAAGCGCAAGGAUCGGGAGAGCGCCCUCGACGACGAGGAGGAAGAGCGUGGAAACAGCAAGAAGAAGCAACGUAAGCGCUGAGGCUUUGUAAUGAGCCCACAGCCUGAUAAUUUCAAGCGGACCCGGGUCUCGCUGGCUCCCGGGAGUGCUGGGGAAGUCUGAGGCAAGAAAAAAGCAAGGGGUUCAUUUUACCUUGGGAUGCAUGCGAGCACACAUUUAUAUGGCUGCUUUCCAUUGGUAUUCUUGUAGUAACAGAUGAUAUUUUAUUCACGACAAGGCCGAAAAAAAAAUAAUCCAUACCUUUCUUUUGGUCUUGCGGUCUUCCUUUGUCUCUUUUCUUUUCUUUUCUGAUCUUCUUCACGUCUGGAGCUGGCCCGAAUUGAUCCAGGGCUGGUGGAGAGCCAACACCCAGGUAUUACCAUUACCAGUAGCGCAGGACUCACAAUCAAACUCGAGUCUCCCAAAACUGAUUUUUGUCCUCGUUCUUGACGAAAGAAUUUAUCUUGGAUAACGAACACUACCUAGGGACGUAACAAUGCUAUCAAGGAAUUCAACAGCGGACUGUAUCCCGCAUAAUGGAUAAUCAAUAAAAUGUAUGCCACAGCCUAGCCUCGUGGACCAAAGACAUCAUCGAGGUCGCAACCUAUUCUCCAGCGCUUCUUUUUGUCUUGGAACAAGCCCUUCCACGCUCCUGAGCGAGCUACUCAUUCAACCCAUCAGCUUCACAUCCAAACGGAAAACGGUCAGACUGAGUUCCACCCCCGCGACCCCGCCAGCCGGGCGGGCGGCAUGGGUGAGAGCUGGACCCCAUCUCGGUGCGCACCG